GAGCUGAAGCGAGCGCGUGGGUGUGGGCGCUAUUAAAACAAGGCUGAGAGUACUUCGGGUGAGUCAUUCAAACGCAGGCCGUGCCAUGGUGAAAAACCAUUGUGGCUUUUUAAUCAGAUGAAAUUUUAGGUUUUGCGUGAGUUGUUUCUCAAGCGCUCGCUAUGGAUACGAACACUUUAUUCUGUGCGUUUUGUGGGAUCAUCCUGCUGGCGGCAACGAGCAUCAGCGGAGUAAACACGCAGAACUCCUGCAGACCAUCUGAGGUAUGGAACCCGGACAUUGAAGAGUGCUUCCCCUGCUCCUCCUGUUUGCAGUACCCCAAAACUCCAUCGUGUGAAAAAUGCCCUCGUCUCCCUCCUGCUCAGUCGGACGCCUGGAGGCUGGCGGCCAUCACUAGCCUGUCGGUGCUGGCUGCCGUGCUGGUGUUCGGAGGCCUGCUCAUCGGGGUCGUAGUGCACAAGUGCCGGACGAAGAGGAGUACCCUGAGAGAGCCCAUUGAAGAGACCACAGGACCACUUUACCCCUUACCGUAGCCGCACAAGCUGUGCGAUUCAGCGCGAUGAAAAAGGAACCAAAGGGCAAUGGGAUCAUCAGCGAUCAGUGAUCAGUGAACUGUUAACUCCGGUCGACCCCUCCUCCCCCUACUCCCUACACCUCCCCCGCCCCCUUCUCCCUCCUCCCUUUCAGCCUAACGGACUGGGGCUGCGACCACAGAGUAUUCUUUGAGUAGCGACGUCUUGACUAUUCUAUUUAUUGUAAACUGGUAGCUGACAUGUAGAGAGAUGUGGCUUCAAGUCACUUGACUUCAGGUGACUUCAAGACUAUAUUUUAUAUGUGGACUGAUCCUGGGUUCAGCCAGGCAAAACGAAGGAAGGACUUUUUUUUAAAGACCUGGAUGGCCAAAGUUGGUCCCAUGAGGAACUGCACUUGUUGCCUAGCGAUGAAGCCAAGGCUGGGUGAAGGUGGGCGUUGGCUGGUGUCGGGGAGGGGAGGGGAGGGGAGGGUCUUGGUUUUGGGGCGUUUUGGAAGAUGGAGCGAUGCCUGGCCCACAGCGUGCAAUCAUCUCAGUGGAUUCUCCUGGAGCUAGAAAAUCCAUGUUUUAUUACGUUUUAUUUUAUGUUAUCUUAUUUUAUUUUAUUUAUUUUUCCUCCCUUUGUACAGUCUUCUAUGCCCCGUAACACACGCGCACACGCAAACACACACAUUCAGUGGAAAUGUGUUACAUUCCUCUUUUCUAAAUCUAAUGUUAUAUGCCAGCUGACAUAGUCUUAGUAUCAGUCUAAGGCAGUACUACAGUGUUGGCCAAACUGAAACCAUUUACAUCAUUUCUCUUGAGUUUUCUCGCUGGUUUUCCUUAUGCCUUUUUUUAAUACAAGUUGGUAUGAACUGAUGUGUGUUGCUGGAGAAUAACCAGAAAAGCUCAAUUUGGCCAUCACUGUAUUGCUAUCUUAUCUAACAGUUUGAGACUACUUAAGUACAUUUUCUUGCAACAAAUGACCUUGUACCUAAGGUGACAUAAGGGCUUUUUUUAUACCCAAACCCUUCCUCGGUUUUAUAUAUCGACCCCAGACAACCUCUAGAACGUUCCCUUACCUUCAGUCUGGCACAUGGCCUCUUGAAUGUACAAUGUUUCAGCAAUAGCACAUAUUUUUGUAGUUGUUCUUGUCUAUAUAUAAAUAGGUGAUAGUAUUAGUACUUACAGGCUUUUAACAGUAUGCACUUAACCCCAUUUUGUUUUACACAUGCGAGAAACCUCACAGUCUGUAUGCUAUGUUUCGACACUGACAUGACUGCCUGUGUGCCGUGCCUUAUUGUUUGUUCUGGAGUCUGAUGCACCCUAGCUAGCAUCUUUUCCCCCUCAAGGGAUCUGAAGAGAAGGUGAACGCCAGGCCUGGACUGAUGACCUGGCAUACAGGGCAUUUCCUGAUGGGCCGACUGUCCUCAGGUGCCAGUGCUCUUGGUUUUUUAAUUACUAUUAUUAUUGUCAUCAUUUUCUUAGACAUUGGCCCACAGUUAAGGUGCCAGAAAAAUGCCCGGGCCAGUCCAGUCCUCACCAUGUGGUGGUGCCGCCUGCUGCAUCUGAGCUCUGUGUGUGUACAUGCAAAACGGACUAGUUGGCAAGAAGAAGUGAAGGAAGGUGCAGAAUAUGGGUUGGUGUGAUUGAACAACAAGUGAGUAGAGAGGAGCCAGCUCACCAUGAAUGCGCCUCUUUGUUGUGUUGUCAAUCGACAUAGCCAGUAGGACUAUUAUAAAAAACUGACCACACACACAAGGCUGUUGCUGUGCUGCCGGGGCACUGAAGCAGUAUGGGGGUAGUGGCAACUGAAACUGACUGCCCUGGGCUCGCCAGUGUGCAAGGAUAGGGGAUCCAGCUGUGUUAUCAUGAUGGUGUCUGUUACAGUUACAUGAGGAAUAAAGAAAGGGACUCGUUUUUGUUUAUAGGCCCAAGAAUGAAAGUGCUCUGACUGCUCUGUCUUAAGCUGACAGUGACUGACUGUGUUGAGGGCCUGGAGGCUUUCAUAGUUUUCCUGUGGCCAGAAGUGCCAGCCAGGAGGAGUGGGUAGAUCAGAGCAGUUUGUGGGUUUUCACAAACCCACAGGGGCCCUAUGACAUAGUUAGAGAGGGGGGCCCGAAUACAUUUUCAUUCACAGCCCCUACUUUUUCUUGUUGCUCUCUUCCUCUGCCACCCAAAUGGGUGCUCCAUCCAUGGACAGAUAGGAAGGCAUUCCUUCCCGUCCUCACAAAUGGCUGGCUAAUACCUCAGCAAGGCCCAGCCAUCCCCGCGCUGUCACUGAGUCUUCCUGCAUAAGCAUUGAAGUAUCUCCAUUCCAUGUUGCAGUAACUAUGAUGGAUAAGGGACGGGACCUGAGGCUUAUUAGUGCAGUACAGUGGUCCCAUUUUGUGCCUAAGAGAUGCAAGUGAUUGUCACCACGGCUACAGAUGUGCAUCCCCUUCUUCUUGAUACAGGGUGUGAUGCAGUAGGAGUGUCAGCAUCAGCACCAAUCAUCCACCCAUGUGUGAGUCAGGAAGAGUUUGCCCUGCACUGCCAUGAUGCCCUGCCCUGCCAGCUUUGGAUAGUCUCAAAGCAUCUAACCUCAAAGCAUCAUUUAAAUACCAUUCCUUUCCCUGACUUCAACUCUAUGCAGAGCUAUUCACACAAGGUGGUCUGAGAUCAUGAAACCAUACCAGGACCACAUGUCCUGCUUUUGUUAAAAAAGAAAAGAAAAAGAAAAAAAUAUAUACUUUUUUGGGUCAGCCAGUCUGACAGUUGAAUAACAAAGAAAGAAAAAGGAAACGCACAUGCAUAGCGACUAACAGAAAAAACAGGGAACCAACAGGGAACUUGGUGCAAUCCACCAUUGUGCGCAUGAUGAAUAUUAGGGGAAGGGAAGAGAAAACCAAGGUGGGCAACAAAGUAGAUCAGGCCGAAAAGACCCAGUUUCUAAGACGUAGCUAAACUCGCUUGAGCCACGCCAAGCCAAGCGAGAUGACACUUCACUGACUGACAGAUUUUUUUUUAAAAAGCGAAUUUAUUACCAGUAGAGAGAGUCUGAUUUUAUAUUCUACCUGAUUUUCAUAACAUAGGUCACAGCUGUAGAGUGUCUGUCUUGUUACCAUGCCAACCAGUAGGAAAACAAUACCCAGAUGUCACAGUGUGAGGCAGUUGAUUGGCUAGACAGGUUUACAUUAGGUCAACGUCUCGCCACCUCGCCUAGCCUGGAAGGGCCUGUUUCCAUGGCAUCAGUGUUUACCUAUGGUGGGUCUGUAGAACAUGUACACAUAAAGAAAAGGUUUAUACGGAAAGCAAAUAAAUGUCUUUCAUUGUCUGUGA